AUGGCCAGUUUUGCUCGAUUUGCAGGAAGAAACAUGGAGAAUGCGCCUCGUUCUGCUCGACCCUACUUCCCCAGCAGCUUAUGUGGAGAUGUCGAGUCGAUGAUGAUUGAUAUGGUGCUAACUGAGAUUCAGAAUCAAAUUGAGAGGAUUGAAGAUGAACAAGUAAGUUAAAGUUUACUCGAUUUUUCAACAAUUGACCAUAAGUUAAUAUGUGUAACUAAAAAAGUUGUUAUAAAACAACGUGUUUAACAUAAUCAUUAAAUUAACCAUCUUCACCCUGCGAAUAUUCGAAUUAUUUUUUUCCUUAAACUAAUGUCAGACUUUAUAAUAUGCACUAUUUUCACGAGGUUGAAGUUAUAAGGGUUUAAAGGGUGUAAAACGGCCUAUUUUAGGAACGUAAACGUCAAGAAGCCCUGAAAGAAAGUCAAUCCCCUGAUUAUACCUGGCUUAUGGACUGGAAACUGAAAAAUAAAAAAGUAUUGAAUUUUAGGGUAAGUUGUUUAAUAAUUUUUUGAAAUGAAAGUUUUUAAAAAGUCUGAAUUUUUUAAAAACGUUUUUUCAGGAAUGUUCAGCAGUCGAACUUCUCUGUCAAAAGAUCCAGCCAGCCGAAUGGAGUCUUCUUAUCCGUACCUUCCGAACCAAAGCCCGUUACGUAGAUUCUCGUGACGGUGUGAUUGACAUCUUUAGACAUAGUGUUGAAGAGAUUAUCGGGCAACGUGGUGGGAACACGUCGGUGCUAAAUGUUGAUGAACAUGAUGAGGUGAGUGUGACAUAAAUGAAGUACAGUGGAACUCCUGUAUAACGAAUCGCAAGGGGAUUGAAAAUUUGUUCGUUAUACAGGAGUUCCACUGUAUUGAAAGAUUCCAGAAAUGGUCGACGAGUGGGGAACAGCCGAGGAGUUUGUCGGUGGCCGAGCUUUCAGUGCCUCACGAAUCGCUCAGAAGCUUCAGCGAAAUGGGAAACGUCGUUUGACACUUCAGCUGGGCGAGACUGUACAUUACACACGGUUUUACUGA